AUGCUCCACAAUCCGAACAACUGGCACUGGGUGAAUAAAGAUGCCUCGCCCUGGGCCAGACAAUGGUUGGAGAAGAGCAUCAAAGAGAUCAAAGCCGAGGAAAAUGGCGUUACCGCCCAGUUGGACAAGGUCAUCAGCAUGGAGGGCGAUGUCGAUGUUAAUCAACGGAAGGGAAAAGUCAUUACCAUCUAUGACGUCAAGGUUGUGAUUGAGUACUCAGGCUCGACCAAGGACGUUGAGGAUGUCAGCGGCACCAUCACUAUCCCUGAGGUAGCACACGAUACUGAAGAAAAUGAGUAUGUUUUUGACAUAGACAUCUACUCGGAUGCAAGCUCCAAAGCACCAGUCAAAGAAUUGGUCCGCACAAAGAUCAUCCCACAAUUGCGAAAGCAAUUUGCAAAGCUAGGCCCAGCCCUGAUCGCUGAGCACGGCAAGGACAUCCAGCACGCACCGGGCUCCAACCCUUCAAGCGGUAUCUCCACGCCGAAGUUGCACCAACCAAGCUCAGCAUCUUCCCAACCCGUAACCACCUCCAACCCGUCCAAGACUAGCACCUCAGUCAACACCACAACCGUCACGGAUACCGAAGAGUUUCGCGCCCCAGCAUCUGAACUCUACCAAACCUUCACCGACCCCCAACGGAUCGCAGCCUUCACCCGGGCUGCUCCAAAACUCUUUGAGGGCGCCAAGAAAGGCGGUAAAUUCGAGCUCUUUGGCGGCAAUGUAUCAGGCGAAUAUCUUGAGCUCACCGAGCCCACCAAGAUCGUGCAAAGCUGGCGAUUGGAUCAAUGGCCAAAAGGUCACUUUUCUAAACUCGAGAUUAGCUUCGACCAGAAUGAUGUGGAUAAUGUUACGGUUAUGAGGGUUAGCUGGAGCGGGGUUCCUGUUGGACAGGAGGAGGUUACAAAGAGGAAUUGGCGCGAGUAUUACGUUAGGAGCAUUAAACAGACGUUUGGGUUUGGAACGAUUCUGUGA